AUGACUUCGACGCCGUCCAGCCUGAACGGACAUGGAUUCGUGAAAUCAAGGCCAAAUGUCUCGAAGCCGACCGAGUACGGUAACGCUACCGACUUCUGGGUAGAGUACCCGAACGGGCUAGUCGACCUCAGUCGUAUCGCGCACCUCCCGGAAGCUGCCAAAGCACAUAGCAGGCUUGAUGAGCAACUCAUACACGAAGACAAAGCUUCUGUGCCUCCCCUCAUUGUAGACAAGCAGUGGGAGGUCAAAGCUGACGGCAAUCGAUCUCUGCGACUCAGCAGGGCCCAUACUGCAAUUGUUAUCAUUGACAUGCAGAAGAACUGGGGACUUACGGAACAUGAGCUUACGACCAUACCUCCAUCGCUUGUACGAGGUUUCAUGAAAGGCGGCAAGGGGGGCUUCGGCUCUGAGCUCCCUGGCUCGUUUGGCCGUCUGCUCAUGAGGAAUCAGUAUAACUCGGCUCUAUAUGGUCCUCUACAACAGUUGUACGAGCAGGGCAAAGCCGCUGGUACCGACGUUUGGAUUCACAAGAACAGAAUGAGUGCCUUGUGGGGACCUCAAUCAGCACUGGACCUCUACCUGCAGGAGAACGGGAUUACGAGCCUUUUGUUCGCGGGGGUGAAUGCUGAUCAGGUACCGCAUCUUGCCCAUUCCCGCGCUCGGGGUGGAGUGACACGAGUAGCUGAUGAUCCACUUGUUUAG